GAGAAGUCACAAUGGCGAGAACCAAGCAGACAGCCCGCAAAUCCACCGGAGGAAAAGCCCCAAGGAAGCAGCUGGCCACCAAGGCUGCCCGAAAGAGUGCCCCGGCCACCGGUGGCGUUAAGAAGCCUCACCGUUACAGGCCCGGUACUGUGGCUCUGAGAGAGAUCCGUCGCUACCAGAAAUCCACAGAGCUGCUCAUCCGCAAGCUGCCCUUCCAGCGCCUGGUCAGAGAGAUCGCUCAGGACUUCAAGACCGAUCUGCGCUUCCAGAGCUCCGCUGUCAUGGCUCUGCAGGAGGCCAGCGAGGCUUACCUGGUCGGCCUCUUCGAGGACACCAACCUGUGCGCCAUCCACGCUAAGAGGGUCACCAUCAUGCCCAAAGACAUACAGCUGGCCCGCCGCAUCCGUGGAGAGAGAGCUUAGAUCCACCACAUCAUUUU